AGAUCUCUGGGUGCUGGGAGGUCAUGGCGCUACUGGAUGUAUGCGGAGCCCCCCGAGGGCAGCGGCCGGAAUGGGCUCUCCCGGUUGAGGGAAGCGGGCGUCGCUCGGACCCAGGACACUACAGUUUCUCUAUGCGAUCUCCAGAGCUCGCCUUACCCCGGGGAAUGCAGCCCACAGAAUUCUUCCAAUCCCUGGGUGGGGACGGAGAAAGGAACGUUCAGAUUGAGAUGGCCCACGGCACCACCACACUCGCCUUCAAGUUCCAGCAUGGAGUGAUUGUAGCAGUGGAUUCUCGGGCCUCAGCUGGCUCCUACAUUGAUACCUUACGGACGAACAAGGUGAUUGAGAUUAACCCUUACCUGCUUGGCACCAUGUCUGGCUGUGCAGCAGACUGUCAGUACUGGGAGCGCCUGCUGGCCAAGGAAUGCAGGCUGUACUAUCUGCGAAAUGGAGAACGUAUUUCAGUGUCGGCAGCCUCCAAGCUGCUGUCCAACAUGAUGUGCCAGUACCGGGGCAUGGGCCUCUCUAUGGGCAGUAUGAUCUGUGGCUGGGAUAAGAAGGGUCCUGGACUCUACUACGUGGAUGAACAUGGGACUCGGCUCUCAGGAAAUAUGUUCUCCACUGGUAGUGGGAACACUUAUGCCUACGGGGUCAUGGACAGUGGCUAUUGGCCUAAUCUUAGCCCUGAAGAGGCCUAUGACCUUGGCCGCAGGGCUAUUGCUUAUGCCACUCACAGAGACAGCUAUUCUGGAGGCGUUGUCAAUAUGUACCACAUGAAGGAAGAUGGUUGGGUAAAAGUAGAAAGUACAGAUGUCAGUGACCUGCUGCACCAGUACCGGGAAGCCAAUCAGUAAUGGUGGUGGUGGAAGCUGGGCAGGUCCCCUCUGGGAGGGCUUGGCCGACUCAGGGACCUGAGUCAUGUUAAGUCCCAGGAGAAGAAGAGGCCUAGCCUGAGCCAAAGAGAGAGUACGGGCUCAGCAGCCAGAGGAGGCUGGUGAAGUGCAUCUUCCGCGUGUUCUCUAUUCGAAAAAGCAUUUCCCCCAGGGAAGUUUCUGGGUGCCUCACUAAGUAGAAUAAAGAAAAACGGUUAUAAAU